GCGCGCGCGCGCGCGGCGAGGGGCGCAUGCACGGCCCCGGCGCGGCGCUGCUCCUGAGGGCGGGGGAGCUGGUGGCUACACCCCGCGGUUCCACCGCCUGGUACCGCCAGGACGGGGGUCCCGUGUGCAGCUGGCCGCGAAAGCUGCUGCCGCCCGAGCCCCGCACCAGUCCCCCCGCCCCAUGGCCCUCGGCGGGCCACUCCGAGUUCCGGCUUCCAGAGGAGGCUCCGGCAGGCGGCCAACGCUGGGCCGGCAGCCUAGACUCCGCGCGCCGCCUAGGCUGCGACCUCGAGUCCUCGGCCCACGGCAGCCACACCCAGGGAGCCGCGGAUCCCCGCCCCCCUGGGCCCUCGCCCACCCCGGCCCAGGAGGACGCCCCGCCGCAGGACGGUUCUCUUGUCCUUUGGCGAGGAUUCUCCAAGGCGUCUCAACACAUGGGCCGGCUCAGAAACGCCAAGAUCCACGUGGAGAGAGCUAUCAAGCAGAAGAAGAUUUUCAUGAUCCAAGGCCGCUACCCUGUGAUCCGGUGCCUUUUGCGCCGGAGGGGCUGGGUGGAGAAGAAGAUGGUCCAUCACUUGGGUACCACGCUGCCACCACCACACAAGGAUCUGGAUAGCUCAGUCAUGGGUGACAGUGACACCAUUGAGGAUGAGGACGAAGAUGAGGAUGAGGCAUUCCGGCCACCACAGCUGUUCGACUUCGAUGAUUUACUGGAAUUUGAUGACCUGCAUGGGACACAUGCUCUGAUGUCGCGCAUGGUUCGGAACGAGAUCCCCUACUUCAUCUGGACCACUCGGCGGGACGUGCUGGACUGUCGCUUCCUCUCCAAGGAUCAAAUGAUAAACCACUAUGCCCGGGCGGGCUCCUUUACCACAAAGGUGGGUCUAUGUCUCAAUCUCCGGAAUUUGCCGUGGUUUGACGAGGCCGAUGCCGACUCCUUCUUCCCGCGCUGCUACCGCCUGGGGGCUGAGGAUGACAAAAAGGCCUUCAUAGAGGACUUCUGGCUGACAGCUGCCCGCAACGUUCUCAAGCUGGUGGUAAAGUCAGAAUGGAAGUCAUACUCUAUCCAAGCAGAAGAGGAAGAGGCUCCAGGUGCAAAGAAGACUGUCAUGUGUCAGGAGCAGGGGCACAAGGGCCUCAGGUGUGUCAGAACUCCCAAGCACAGAGAGGCUGCAGGAGACAAGCAGCCCAAGAAACAGGAGAAAAAGCCAGUGACAGUGUCGCCAGAGUUUGUGGAUGAGGCUCUGUGCGCCUGCGAGGAGCACCUUAACAACCUGGCCCACGUGGACAUUGACAAGGACGUGGAGGCUCGGCUCUACCUGAGCCCUGAGGGCUGGUCCCUCUUCCUCCAGCGCUACUAUCAAGUGGUCCACGAGGGGGCAGAACUCAGGUACCUCGACACUCAGGUCCAGCGCUGUGAGGACGUCCUGCAGCAGCUGCGGGCAGUGGUGCCCCAGAUGGACAUGGAAGGAGAUCGCAACAUCUGGAUCGUGAAGCCGGGAGCCAAGUCCCGUGGACGAGGCAUCAUGUGCAUGGACCACCUGGAGGAGAUGCUGAAGCUGGUGGACGGCAAUCCCAUGGUGAUGAAGGACGGCAAGUGGGUGGUACAGAAGUAUAUUGAGCAGCCCCUGCUCAUCUUUGGCACCAAGUUUGAUCUGAGACAGUGGUUCCUGGUGACCGACUGGAACCCACUUACUGUGUGGUUCUACCGCGACAGCUACAUCCGCUUCUCUACACAGCCCUUCUCCUUGAAGAACCUGGACAACUCCGUGCACCUGUGCAACAACUCCAUCCAGAAGCACCUGGAGAAUUCGUGCCACCGACACCCACUGCUGCCCUCAGACAACAUGUGGUCAAGCCAGAAGUUCCAGGCCCACCUGCAGGAGAUGGGGGCCCCGAACGCCUGGUCCACCGUCAUCGUGCCUGGCAUGAAGGCUGCGGUGAUCCACGCCCUGCAGACCUCCCAGGACACCGUGCAGUGUCGGAAGGCCAGCUUCGAGCUCUAUGGCGCUGACUUUGUGUUCGGUGAGGACUUCCAGCCCUGGCUGAUCGAGAUCAACGCCAGCCCCACCAUGGCACCCUCCACGGCUGUCACCGCCCAGCUCUGUGCCGGCGUGCAGGCCGACACCCUGCGCGUGGUCAUCGACCGGCGGCUGGACCGCAGCUGUGACACGGGGGCCUUCGAGCUCAUCUACAAACAGCCUGCCGUGGAGAUGCCCCAGUAUGUGGGUAUCCGGCUUCUAGUAGAGGGCUCCACCAUCAAGAAGCCCCUGGCGAUGUGUCACCGGCAAACAGAAGUCCACCCAGCCCUCCCUCACCUGCUGACCCAGCGAGGCUCUGGGGAAGGCAAGGACUCGGGAACCCUUACCCACAGGCUCUUGCUCCCCAGCGCCUUCGUGGUCCCCCACUUGGAAGUAACUUGUGGUCUCAACCCUUUGAAGUCAGAAAUCUUCCUAGCACCCAUAGGAAGAUCAAGGCCAAAGGCAAGUUCAAGGCCAGACUGCGACAAACCCAAGGCUGAGACAUACCUCAUGACGACACUGAGCCUUCCGGGACCCCUGCCCCUUAUCAGUGCACACCAGGGUCUGGGGGGCAUGAGGGACGUGUGGCUACAGAAGUCCUUGCUUCGGUCGUCACUGCCCUUAUCCUGGACGCAGCGCCAAGUAAAAAAGCAAAUGAAGUAUUUGAGGCUUGGCUCCUUUUCUGUUAGAGGGUGAAGAGAGAGUAGGGUGUGGCUCUGUACCCCAAGGUCCAGAACAAGAGCUAGAGGCCAUCAGCAACUCCUCCACAAAGCAAGGCCCAGAAUUCCCACCCAGUGACAGACAUGAGGCAUCCUGUCCAGGGGCUCCCCUGGCAUCUCUGAUCUCGGGGUGGGAGGAUAAGUCUCAUGUUACAGAUGAGGAAACUGAGUCUGAACAAGGAGACACGGCUUGCCCAAGAUCAUGUGGCAGUGAGCAGAGGGCAGGGACACAUUACCACGACUGCUGAGCCCUGCGGGCCUCCCCAGUCCCCACGCCCAGAGGAGGAGCUGGGCUGGCAGCAGAACGACAUCUAAUGGGCACAAGAUUUACAGCAGGAGACACAGCAGAGGAGUGGACCCAGCCCUUCUCCAGAUGAAGUGGGUCUGUCCCUUCCUCUGCAAGGGGCCAAGUCCACCUAAAAAGGAAAUAUCCAAUAAGCCACACCCAUCUGAAAAAGUCUGGUAUUUCUUAAUUGUAAUGGGUUGAACAUUGGUAUGUCUUCCUGGAACCUGUGAAUAUGACUUUAUUUGGAAAAAAGGGUCUUUGUAGAUGUAAGUACGUUAAAGAUUUUGAGAUGAGAUCAUCCUGGAUUAUCCAGAUGGGGCCUAAAUCCAAUGACAAGUGUCCUUACAAGAGACAGAGGAGAAGACAAACGAGGAGAAGGCCAUGUGGAGACAGAGGCAGAGACUGGUGUGAUGCAGCCACAAGCCAGGAAGAGGCAAGGAAGGAUUCUCACCUAGAACAUUCAGGGAGAGCAUAGCCCUGCUGACACCUUGAUUUUGGACUUCUGGGAGAGAAUCCAUUUCUGUUGUUUUAGACCACUCAGGUUAUGGUAAUUUGUUGCAGCAGCAGCCCUAGGAAACUAACACACUAGUCAAAUGAAGAUACAUAUAUUCUGUAUAUUUAUGAAUCCAUUCUUGCACAGCUGAACCAGGAGAUGCGUACAAGCAGGCUCACAGCAGCACUGUGGUAACAGCUGAUGACCUAAGUGUGCAUUAACAGUCAGAUGGAUAGACUGCAAGCUCUGACAUUCCAACUCCGCGCCGCACAACGGAUGCAUUUCACAGGGUGGAGCAAGAACAAGUCACAAAAGGAUAUAUGCAGCACAAUUCCAUUCCAUCAGAAACUUCAGAAACAGGGCAAAAUGAAAUAUAUUGUUUAGGGAUGCAUGUACAUGUGGUAAAACUCUAAAAAACAAACAAGAAUUCUCCCAAGUCUGGGCAGUGGUUUCCAACCUUGACUGAAAAACAGUACCCAUUCCAGAGCUUUUAAAAAAGAUCUGAUGCCAGGGUCUCCAUCCCAGACUGGUGAAACCAGCAUCUUUGGGGUGCAGUCAUGGGAGGCACGGGUGUUUUUUUUAAGCUUUCUGAGUGGGCAGGGUAGGGGGUUCUCAUGUCGGGCCAGGGUUGAGAGCUGCUGUUGUCUAGGAUAGGAGAAGGGAUGCUUCUAUUUUGUGCUGAGUGGUGGUUAUGUGGGUGUCACCUUACGAGUUGUUCUUUAAAUCAGAGAGAUGUUUUAUGCACUCUGUAUGUUUCAUAUA